AUGGAAGACGGUCUGUUACCGCUAUGGCAGAUCAAUCCCCCCCGUAACCUUGGCUUCUUUCUGAAGUCGAGGUUGACUUGCUUUCGUUUUGAAGGCAUCGUCGCAAAGGGCAUGGCUGCCUGGGUCCGUGCUUUAUCUAAGGAGUACCCUACACUUGCAUUCCAUGCAAGCAUCAACAACUCUUUUGGCAAGGGAUCGUUGAUCCAGCUAUUACGUCAGUUUUCAAUUCUCCAUUCAGAUCGGAAGCAAAUAUCAGUGGGAUUUAUUGGGUAUCCCAACACUGGAAAAUCGUCCAUCAUAAACACUCUUCGAAAGAAGAAAGUGUGCACUGUUGCUCCUAUCCCUGGAGAGACUAAAGUAUGGCAGUAUAUCACGUUGAUGAAGAGAAUUUACCUCAUUGACUGCCCUGGAGUGGUACCCCCAAGCAAUAACGCCACUGAGGAGGACAUCCUUCUACGUGGCGUUGUUCGAGUGGAAAAUGUUGAAAACCCAGAACAGUAUAUUCCCGCAAUACUUAAAAAGACGCAGCAGCGUCACAUUGAGAGAACAUAUGAAAUCAAGGGAUUCACAGAUGCUACUGAAUUUUUGAGCAUACUGGCUAGGAAGGGUGGCCGACUGCUCAAGGGCGGUGAGCCCGACGUGAACAGUGUUGCAAAGAUGGUGAUAAAUGACUUCCUUCGCGGGAAGUUGCCUUGGUAUACACCUCCACCUAAGGCUGAUGACGCUGGAGAUGAAAAAAUAAAUGGACGUGAGGGUCGAUUAGGUGAGAUGGGUAUUAAGAGGAAAGCGGAUGAAGCUCAAGGUGACGACGGAGAUGAAGUACGGUCUGGCCCUGAUGCAAGCGAAGACGAUGCUCUCGAAAACGGAUCAGACGGCAACGAAGACGAAAGCGAAUUUGAAGGGUUUGAAGAUUCAGACGAUGAAGAUGGGGGCGCCCCAAUAGACACGGAUCCCAGCCGAUGA